AUGGGUGAUGAAAAUGAAAUUUCACACAGUGGAAGAAAUUCAACUUCUCAUUCAUCUCCUGGAACUUUUCAAAAUUUGGUCAACCUUGAACCAAGUUUAUCUAAAAAGUAUUCAUAUCUAAUUGAGAAACUACAACCUACGGAAAUUAAACAAAUUGAAUUAAUGCAAAGAAAAUAUCAGCAGAAUAAAAUUGAUUGUCUAUCAUCAAGUGGCUCAUUAUCAAGAAGUCUACAAAACUUGGUUCUUGUUGGUCAGGCAUCUAGACCACAAUCGGCUAUUUGCCGAAAAUCUCAACAUGAUAAAAUGAGCUCCAAUUAUUUGAAAAGUACGGAGCAGCGUUUAACACGUAGGGCAUCACAUUCAUCACUUGAUAAAGAAAGACAGUUUUGGAAACGGAAACAAACUCAAGAACGAAUGCAAAAUGAUGAAAGAGAACGUGCACAAAAAUGUUAUGAAGAGAAGCUAAACAAAGUUGAAAAACACAGAAAUCAAAUUUUGAAAGAAAAAGAAAGAAAUAUGAUUACGGCCCAUUAUGAACGUGCAAGAAAAGUUCGUCAAGUUCUAGAAAGAAGAAAACAAUUAAGGAAAAUGAUUGAAGAAUAUAGAAAAGAACUGUACGAAGCUCGAGAACAAGUAAGCCAACAUUAUCGAAAUACUUAA